AUGGAGCACAGCUGCUGCCUGUCUCUGCUCUGCAGUCUCCACUUCCUGCGUCUCCUUGUGCAACUGCCCAUGUUCGGCUUUGCAGUGUUCUCUGUGUCUGUGUCCACAGAUGAGUUCCUGGUAGCUGGCCCCAGUGACCCCAUAGUGGCCGAGUUGGAUGGUGAUGCCACUCUGCCCUGCUUCUUGUAUCCAGCCAUGAAUGCAGAAGACAUGAAGCUGCAGUGGUUCCGCUCCAGAUUCUCAGAAGCAGUGUUUGUCUAUCAGAACGGCCAGGAGCAGAAUGAGAGGCAGAUGCCCCAAUAUGCAGGACGGACCUCACUGGUGAAAGAUUUCCUUUCCCUUGGACAGGCUGCUGUGCACAUCAAUAACAUCCAGGUUUCAGACAAUGGGAAGUACACCUGCUUCUUCCAAAAGGGAGAUUACUAUGAAGAGGCCAUUCUAGAACUGAAGGUGGCAGGUUUAGGAUCUUCCCCACAAGUGCACAUUGAAGGGCCAGAGAAGGAUGGAGUUCGUGUGGUGUGCAAGGCCUCGGGAUGGUUCCCGAAGCCCCAGGUGCAGUGGAGAGACGUCCGUGGAGAGAAGUUUCUGGAGUUCUCUGAGGCCCACACCCAAGAUGCAGCAGGGCUGUUCAGCGUGGAGGCUGCUCUGGUGGUGAGAGACAGCUCUGCAGGGAACGUGACCUGCUCCAUCCUCAAUCCCAUCCUGGGCCAGGAGAAGGUCAUGGCCAUCCCGAUCCCAGCUGGGAGGAAGGCGCAUCUGUAUGCUGAUUGGCAGAAGGAAGAGUUCCAGGCCU